AUGUUGAGCCCAAUAAACAACGAUGAUGACAUGGAUGUUGUCUUGUCUGCCGCUGGUAUGACUGAAGAUAUUGUAGAGGACUUCGCCAGACAGCUCGAUGAAGUCGUGCGUAUACAGGAUGCGAUGGAUGCAGAGGUGGAUGAAGUUCAGGAACAACGAUCGCAAGCAAAUGAUAGUGAUGAAGACGACGAUGAUGAUCGCAUGUUUGGAUACCAACAGCUACCUCAAGAUGAUGAUGAGGAGGAGGAGCACAUGUACGGACAGCUAGCUUCUGAAGAUGAUGACGACGAAAAUCAAAUUGACAUCAAAGGUCCACUGCAGAUUGAUGUAGCAGAAGCAGAUCAGUUGCAGCCAGAAACUUUUGAUCAAAUCAAGUCGAUUAUGAGCAACAUCAGGCUAUCUGAGGAGGCAAUUCCAGGUAAAUCACUGAAAGAAAGAUGGAAAAAAUGA